AUUUGGCCUAAAUUUCAGCGCUCUUUCUAUUGAUUUCAGGUGACUUUGGAAUUGCAACUUGAGUCUAGAAUGCCUUUUGUUUUUUUCCAUGUGGGCAGCUGUAAAUUUCAGUUUAACUUGAAGGUGUCCAUUUCCUUUGUCAUCCCAUCUGCUCUCACCCAAAAUACAGGAUGUUACACAGAAUUCUAACACUGAUUGAAUUCCUUGGCGGAGAGAAAACAAGUUGUGGCUUCACAGACCUAAAUGGCUCUCCAAGAAUCCAAAUGGGUGAUGUAGCGUCUUGAAAGUUGUGAUCACCCACCCGACGGCCUACUCCCCACACUUCAGCACAAGCCUUCCACCAGAGUCAUCAUGGGGGGAGUAGUCCAGAUGCACUUCGGCACGGUGGACUAUGUCAUCUUUGCCUUGCUGUUAGCAGCCUCAGCUGGCAUUGGCCUCUUCUAUGCCUUCUCUGGUGGACGCCAGCGCACAACACAGGAGUUCCUGAUGGCUGACCGCUCUAUGAGCUGGCUGCCCGUGUCUUUGUCUCUGCUCGCCACGUUCCAGUCAGCCGUGGCGAUUCUGGGCGCACCAUCCGAAGUGUACACCUUCGGGACGCAGUACUGGUUCCUGGGAUGCUCGUACUUCUUGGGACUGCUCAUCCCAGCUCACGUUUUUAUACCCGUUUUCUACAGGCUGCGGCUGUCCAGCGCCUAUGAGUACCUGGAGCUACGCUUCAACAAGACAGUGCGCAUAUGUGGGACCGUGACCUUCAUAUUUCAGAUGGUCAUCUAUAUGGGGGUGGUCCUUUACGCUCCUGCUUUGGCACUUAAUGCAGUCACUGGCUUUGACUUAUGGGGAGCAGUGCUUGCAAUGGGACUUGUGUGCACCCUCUAUACCGCUCUGGGUGGCCUGAAGGCAGUGAUGUGGACCGACGUGUUCCAGACUGUGGUGAUGUUUGCUGGACAGCUGGCAGUGAUCAUUGUUGGGGCACAUCAGGCAGGGGGCAUCGCUGAGGUCUGGAGGAAAGCGUUGAACGGCAGCCGCAUUGCUGGACUAGACUUAAAUCCUGAUCCUUUGGAGCGCCACACCUUCUGGACGCUAGGUGUGGGUGGCAUCUUCCUGAUGCUGGCUCUGUACGGGGUCAACCAGGCCCAAGUCCAGAGAUAUCUCAGUUCCCGCACUGAGAAAGAGGCAGUCAUGUCCUGCUAUGUUGUUUUUCCAUGCCAGCAGAUCGUGCUGUGUUUAGGUUGUCUGAUGGGACUGGUUAUGUUUGCUCGCUAUGGAGAGGACAGCCCUCUAGAUAAGGGCUAUGUCAAAACCAAUGAUCAGAUGGUGUUAUACUUUGUGAUGGAUGUGUUCAAGGACCUGCCUGGGCUCCCAGGUCUGUUUGUGGCCUGUCUCUUCAGUGGAGCGCUGAGCACCAUUUCAUCUGCCUUCAACUCCCUAGCAACCGUAACUAUGGAGGACCUGAUUAAACCUCAUUUUCCAAACAUGACUGAGUCUAAAGCCACAUUGCUCUCCAAAGGACUUGCUCUGGCUUAUGGUUUAAUAUGUCUGGCCAUGGCCUACAUCGCCUCCCUAAUGGGGUCUGUGUUGCAGGCAGCAUUAAGCAUCUUUGGGAUGGUAGGUGGUCCCCUGCUGGGCCUCUUCUGUCUGGGAAUGUUCUUCCCUUGGGCUAACUCCAUUGGUGCAGUGGUUGGAUUAGCAGCAGGCCUUGCUAUGGCUUUCUGGAUUGGCAUUGGCAGUUUUGUAAUGCGUAUGCCAAGUCUAGUCCCACCGAUCACAACCGUUACUCCGUCCCCAUUUGAGAACUUGACUACUACCGUCAUGACUACACUCUUCAACGCUACCACAACCAAACCUAGGCCAACAGGCGUAGAAGCACUGUAUUCAUUGUCCUACAUGUGGUAUAGUGCGCACAAUUCCACCACUGUUGUGGUGGUGGGACUCAUCGUCAGCCUGCUUACAGGACCAAUGAAGGAGAAGCAGCUGACCCCGGGAACAGUGUAUCCGGUCUUGGGCAAUCUGCUUUUCUUUCUGCCUGAGCGAUAUACAGAGAAGCUGUGCUGCGUCACCCCUCUGGCGCAAAAGCCCAAAGAAAUCAACACACGGCCUUACGAGAGGAACAAGAAAGGCGAGAAUGGAGCCGCGUACUGCAAAGAGGACAUGGUGACGGAGGACAAAGAAAUGGAGAGCGACAGCGCGCACACGGAAGACGAGGAAAGCAGAGCGACUUUGCCCUUGUGUCAGCUGACCCCUCACUGUGUGGAAGAAACAGCUCUCUAAUCCUGUCUCUCUUCCCUUUUUGAAAAGCACAUUUCCAACCCCAGCGGUCAUCCAAUCACAUCUCAGCUUGCUCAGACGUGGUUUGGAAGGUGAGCGGAGGUGGGGGUAUUGCAGUAAUUGAGUUCAGACUGCUGAGUCUGUUUAACUGGGUGGAAUUGUGUCUAACUGGUACCGUCAUAAAAUCAAUUUUUUACCUCAAAAGACCGUAAAGUAGCACUUUGACUACAUCACGAAAGACCUUCCUGAUACGCAUGUCCUCGCGUACAGUCAAAAGAGCACAAGUAGCCGUUCUCUGACUUCAGAUGUGUUAUUUUUGUAGAGAAGACAGGCCUAUGUGUGAGAAUAAAUCAUUUAAAAGCAGAAAAUUAAGAGAGUGAACCAAAUCGAAGGCGUGGUUCCUCCGCUGUGCACUUCCCUUAUGUGACCUUGGUUUGAUGUAAGUGAUGUCUAGCUGCUACUGUUGAUGUACUGAUUGUCAGGUGUAGUUUCUCCUAAAGUAGAGCUGUCUGUUCAGGUAAGGGCAGCGACCAUGACUUUCCGUUUCUAUUCGUAGUAACUGUUAAGACGUAUAAUUUCCCUUUGUCAUGAUCAAUACAUGUAAGUUUUUAUACUGACAGUAAUACUCUAAUGCAAGGGUACUCAAAUACAAAUCUUUACGUUCCACAAAGACAUCUUGAGUGACACAAAGCCAAGCCACAAGCCAUACCGUUUUGUCAUUUUCAUUCAAAACAACAAAAAUGCAUAAUAAAAUCAACUAACAUUUUCAAUGUUUACAUAAAUCCAAAUAAAUACUCCAAAAUGCUUUACAAAGAAUCUAAAACAAAUACACUAAUCCCUCGUUUUAUCACGGUUCAUUGGAUUCAGCCGAGUGAUGAGUGAAUUCCUGCAAAGUAGAACCUUCUAAAUGCAGUUUUAAAUAUGAUUAGAGCCCUCUAGACAUAAAAUAACACCUUUACUGUCGUAUUACCCAGUAUAGUAGACAUAAGAGAAAAUAAGACAUAAUAUAGAUUCGCACAGGUUAGCAUUGGGGGAGUUCCUUUUUUAUUUCCGGUUUCUGUACACUACUUCCUGCAGUGACUGUUGUCUUACCACUGUAACGCUACUGACACGUCGUGUCCAGUGUAGAAUACUACAUGUCAUCACUGCUUUGAAUGCGUCUUCUGAAUGCCUUAUAUUUGUAUUUUAGUUAAUUGAACCAUUUUUAUGCUUGAAACUGCUUAAUUCAGGCAAAAAAAAGUAUGUUUGUUGGUAUAUGCUUAAAAAUGCAUGUUUUUAGACUAAUAGGCCAUAUUCAACCACAAAACAGCAUUAAUUAAUUAACAUAUUUUUGGAAAAACCAUGAGAGUGGAGCGGUGAAGUUCGAAGCGUGAAGUGGCGAGGGAUGACUGUAUGUCGGGAAUUCCGUUCCAACAUGAAUGAAAGAUCUCAGGAAUUGGAAAAAUGAACAUACAGUACAAGCCAAAAUAAACACAUAUACAUACAUUUUACUUUCACAGUGUCAGAUACACAAUGUUCUGGCCAAACAUGGCAAGUAGCAGCCAAUCAUUAAAAACAGCUAAUAGCCGGUCUAGUGUUAUAUUUAAGACAAAAUAUUAAAUAAGACCACGGUGCUGUUGAAAGUCCCCCUUUUAAGCGGUGGCGAAAGAUGCGCCAACAGCACACUUCCUGCUCUCCAAAAUAAAACACUUCCUUCCAUCCACCAAUGUGUGACAAUAUGCUGAAAAAUAGCCAUUAAAAACGAAUAAAAAGCAACACGACGGAGUCUUUGUUGCAGAGCAUUUAGUACAGGAGGAGGGUUCGUGUAGAUGUACGUUUGGAAACUGCCACGGCCGCACACUCGCUGCCAAAGUGACACAUAACACGACGGAAUAUUAACAAACAUGCCAAUUAAAUCCACUGCUAAUAACAAUCCAACACGCAUCCAAUCCGACAUUUAUGUAAUUGUAGUAACACAUGUGGAACACACACUGUAACUGCACCAGUUACCCAGCAUGCCUUGCGGGUUAUAAACGUGUUGUUUUUCCAUGUGUGCAAAUGUGCAAGCGUAUUCCAAUUUCCAAUACCCGCAUAGUCCGUGUGAUACAAGUACAGUGUGUGUUCCACAUUUGUUAUUUUUGUUCGCACUGUGAAUGAGGUAGGCAUUUGGUUUUUGAUGUGUGAGUAAGGAUGUAAAUAUCAAGUUGAUUCACUUAACACUUUUACCAAAUGAAAUUGGGUUCUAUAAACAGCAUAAUUCUGGAGAUUAUUAGCAAAAAAUAAUGUUUUGAUCGAGCAUUUACGAGUUGCAAAUAUGUGGGGUGCCACUGUAUUUUUAGGCCUGUGAUGUACGUCUUGUUUAAGUGAGCUCCACCUGAACUGAGGUGAUACAGCAAAUGUCGGUAUCGAUCCAUUACCAGGUACUUAUAGGGCCAGUUUUGCGGAUACCAAUACUUUGUAAUUCAAAUGUUUCAAGAUCAGUGAAUGACUUUGUGAUUUUUGCCUUUCAAUUUGUAGAUCCUAAUUAUAAUCAUAAUAAAACAGAGGACACGAUUUUAGGCAAACAAAAUAUUUUUUUAUCAACAAACUAUGAACAGUUUAGCAAAAUACAAGUGUAACAACAUCAACAAAAGAGUACCAUUAUUCCCCUAAUUUCUAUUACAUAGCAAAAUGAAUAGUGCAAAAUAAGUAAACAAAGUAAACAUUAAUAUUGACUGUCCAAGUCCUUCAGCUUUUUGCCCCUAAGGUCCUCCUAUGUCCAAUGACUGUAUUAUCGGUCAAAAUUGACAUAAAAACGAGAUAUCUGAUCAUAUCGGUAUUUGUGUGUGAGACCCCAUCAAACUGGCAUCAGUCACGCAGCGUUUUGGCAUUUUCUAUAACUUGGAUAUUGCGGUAUUUGUAUUAAAUUAUUUUGCGCACACACAAUGUUUAUUUACACAGCAUUAGUUUGAGGGGAAAAGCUGCUGCCGAUAUCGGUAUCGGUAAUGAAGGGCUGCACAAUAUCGGAUCGGAAGUAAAUGUGCAAGCAAUGGCAAGUUUCAGUUAUGACAACAAUAAGGUCUUGUUUCUUUUUUAUUCCUCUUCCGUUGUUCCUGUUUUAGCCAGUUCUGGGGUUACAUUGAUAAAACAACACCCCUAUCGUUCAAACUGUAAAUGUUGUAGUUGUUGACGUGGUAGUGUUGCUAUACUGUUGCCGAGUCAGGCAUAGCGUAGCUUUCAGUAUUUUAAGUUUUAAAAAAAUUCUAACCCCUCAAGCAUGUAUGAAUUUAUAAAAGAAGCUAUUUUAAACAUUAGCACUUACGUUGUGAGCUUAUUUCACAUUUAUUUUCAAAUUUAAAUGUGUCCUACACAGCUUUGGGCUUGACAUGAGCUCACACAUUUGGUUGUGGUUGUCAUGUGACUAUCCCAAAAUGGCUUCCCCAAAAUGGCAGUGUGGUAGGUAAGCUAGCUCAUUUCCACAAGCUUAUUUGUAGCCAUUAAAGCUCAUUUUAAACCCAUUUAACAAUGCUUAAACUUUAAUAAGGUGUAAAAUAUUACAAUUCAACUAUUUGUACUAUAUUACUUUAAUGAAUUCAUAAAAUAAGCUAGGAAAAUAUAGCUAAUAAUUAGCCUUAAGAUUGCUAUGGAAAGCUUACUUGCAAAAAUGCAAAUAAGACACUCAAUAUAUAUUCCUUUGUUCAACAUAUUUGUGGUACUAAGCACAAGUAAGUGUCACAUUCUUGUCAAAUAAGAAAUACAUUUAGCAUUAACCAUGUAAUAUGUAUGUAACAACAUACACUGUACAUCAUGGCUAAAAGAUGCUGUACUUUGCCUGAAUUACAUUGGCGCCCCCUAGAGGUGUAAUCGAUACUGCCUGCGAUUUAUUUGAACUACAUGGCCAAGUGGCAAGUGUAAAAGUGUCACUUUUAAACCCAUGAGACGUUAUUGAAUGAAUUAAAUAGGGUAGAAUGUGGUGUUCAAGGUCCUUGAUAAGUACCACAAUGAAUGAUGUUUACUUUAAACAUGUUGCCAGUAUGUGACUAAUUGAUGUUGAUGUUUUUCUUGUUUUUGGUUGUUGUUGCUUCAUUAUCAUCGCUUUUUGGAAUCUAAAGAAUUCUUGCUCAUCUCGUCGUGGCUUGCAGUCAUCCGUUGUUUUAAAUAAAAAAAAAAAAAAAAUUUAAAGAGGCAAAAUCAUGCAAAAAUAAUUAGUUACUAGUUACUUUACCAAAAAAGUAACCAAAUUUGUCACGGAAUGACUCCUUCAUAAAUGUAAUUAGUUAUCGGGGAAAGUCAUUAUUGCGUUAAAACCUUCAAAUAUGUCAAAUAAUUGGGGUUUAGCUUUGGGGUUUAGCUUUGUAGCGACAUGUGUAAGGCUGAGGGCUGAGCUUGUGACUUGCAACUUUCUACUAUAACGCUAGGGGGCAGUGCAACCACAACUCUUGUUGACUAGCUAUUUAGCGUGAAAUAGUAAUUACUUUGAAACCGUAGCCGCGCUACUCCCUACACUGGUCACAUGCCUUACAGUACUGUGUUCUAACACUUCCGGUUACUUUUAAGAGAAACGGAAAUGUUGAUUUGUCAUGUCAACGAGUCUGAUUUAUCAGAAUAAGUUGGGGGUGAUGAAGCUCCAUGCCUUAGUUGCCUUAUAUGUUCUGUUUACACCAGGGUUGUCCAAGCUUUUCAUGACGGAUGCUCGUGGCCACUUUGACACAUUUUGGACAUUAAAGAUGCUAUUAUUAAUUAUUAAUAAUAAUAUACAGCGGUACAUUGGUUUUCGUUCCAUUCCAAAAGGUCUGAAACGGAAACGUACAAAAACCGAAGCAAUUUUUCCCGUAGGAAAUCGUGCAAAUCCAUUGAAUCCAUUCCAGACACCCCAAAAUAUGAACAAAGAGGUACAUUUAAUAUAUAAUAAUGAUAGUUUUACAUGCAGAAAACAAACUGUGAAAUGAUUAUAAAUGAGGAAUGAAAUGGAUGAAUUAACUUUAUUGAAUACUCUGGCGAAGAUGGUGAGACAGGAGGGGAGGGGACGCCAUCCAGUGCCAAAAUGAAUGCGCAUUAGAACCAUAAUCGGCGUGCAUUAAGACCACGACACUCGCGCUUGUGGUCUCUUAAUAGCCGCUCACUGCCACUUUCUGCUCAUGUGCAGAGACCGCAAGGAGGGUGGUCUUUAUGCGCACUGUCACUGUGUCGUCAUAUGUUUCUCACCUUCUUUAUCAGAUUGCUGCCGCUCGCGGAUUUUUUGGGGCCCUGUGGCAGUAGCAGUCGCAGCGAUGGUGAGUCGACAAAGCGUAGGGUCCUUUCCGUGGAAUUAUACGGUACAGGGUGCACUGAGACUGAGACAGCGUACGAAAACAGAAUCAUCAGAAAACUGAACCGAACUUUGUCUGCAUCUCAUUGAUAAUUAGUUUAUUUUAUUUUUACAAUAUACCGAGAGCUGACGCAAAAAAAAAAAAAAAAAAAGGCCUCCAGGUCUCACUUUGGACAUUGGACAAUCCUGGUUUAGAUUAAGCUGCUCUGGAGGGGAGGGGGGUUCAGGGUUUUGAAAAUCCAGACAAUCAUGUGACAGCAGGAGAGGGGAACAUUUUUCUCGUAGGAUUUGACUCUAGAUCCCGGGUUAGAGUUAAAGCAUGUAAGCAGCGACAAACUCCUGAAAUACCUCAAUUUCCAUCUAGAAUAUGAAGCCUAGUUAUGAUUUUUUUACUAACAGAUGGCAUCGUUCAGAUCAUAUUUGUAUAUUUUUGUAAUUUCACAUGGAAGCCUCUGCACAUUUCACAAAGAGAAAUGUGGAAUUCAAUAUGCAAUUUGUUGUGAUUGACCGGCCGAAUUGGGAGUGUAGCGUCCGUCGACAUAGCCUGAGAAAACUGCACUUAUUUUAUUCAUUUUAUUAACAUAAAUUACCUUUUUUUUAUUUCAAGUUUUCUCAGUGCUACAUCCCACAUUCGGGGCAUUAAUCUUUUUUUUCUGUAUGAUUGCAUCGUGGUGAAUCCUUCAAUUAGUACCUGAAAUUACUUGAAGUGUGUGCCUGUGUUGUUACCUUAUUAAAGAGAAAUCUCCUUUUUUUUUUUUCACCGUGAAAGCAAACCGGAUCACUAUUUUCUCUUUUCGUUUCUAUUACUGUUAAGAUGUGAGUAGUUCACUUCUUUCUUGAUGUUCCUUGUCAGCAUGGAGCAUUCGUACUACAUUACAGGCCGGGCUGCACAAAAAGCAACACUUUGUGCAAGAAAGGCACAACACUUGGUAAUUUCUGCCUUUUAUAAAUAUUGUUGAAAACAAUAUUUAUGAUACAGGGUGCCCCUAAAGUCUUGUUAUAUUCAAUGUUAUAGAAUUAUUGUAAAAAAUUAACAAAUGUAAUAUACAAAUAUUUGUAAUUUAUCAUUUUUUAUGUCCUUACUUAUGUUUUAUUUAUUAGUUUUUAACAUUUAUUUUUAAAAUAAUUAACUGCAUUUUUUAAAUGUAUUUGUUACUUAGCUAUGAAUUAAAUCAUUUUUUUGUAUAAUGUAUCUAUAUCCUGACUUUAUGGACACCCUGGGCUCUAUGUCGCAUCUCGCAAGAAUUCUAACUUAUGCAUUCCAAAAACAACGUCGAGCACUGGUGUCCGGCUGGUUCCUCAGCUUUGGAUGGGCCUUAUUUUGUUCUGAGCAUCUCAUUAUUUCACAGGUAUGAGAUAUUGCCAUCAUAAAGAUUUUAAGCUGAGAAAAAACAUUAUCCUGUGAUAAAGAACGGGCAAAAUGAUACGUGAACCGUUUGAUUGCUGGAUUCAAUCUUUAGACAUGCGUUUUAGGGUUGAUGUCAUCAUACAUUUGUAAGUUUUAUUUACUUGAAUUGAACUAUUAAAGUGAUUGUUACAAAGUCCAACCAACGUGUGUU